AUGGUACUUAACUAUUUCUUUACCAAUUCACUGUUUCAUUAUCAAUUUAGUCUUGAACUUUUCAAAACAUUGUCAGGAUGUAAAAUCUUAGUAAUAAUCAUUAGUCACCGAUUUCAACUUUACCUUCGAUUUGCAAUAGGUUAUACAUUCUUCAUCUCUGCUUCAAUUUGUAGUUGUGAUUCUUUUACAUCUUGUAGGCAUUUCCUUAUAUGCUUGUAUGGAACAGUUGCCAUUGGCUUGGUUCUUGCUGGAAGACUAAGAGAAUUAAGAGUUGUUGAUAUUCUAACCGUUUAUUAUGGAAUAGAAAAUUCUUUUCUGGAUUUAGCUCCUAAUAUUGUGCAGUGGUUGUUGGGUUCUUACAACACUCAGAUACUUCUUAUGGUGUUCCUUGCAAUCAUUGGGAUGCUGUUAGCUGGUUUCUUUGGUUACCAUACAAAGCUUUGCAUUACCAAUACUACCACUAAUGAGACUUUUAAGUGGCAAGACUACAUUGAGUGGCAAAGGAAGCUAAGAGAAGCAAAGGUGAGCGCUGAAGCCCUAAAGCAAAGUAUCGAUGGAAUUCACAGUGAAAAACAGCCCUCAUCGAGCAAAUGGAGAGCCUUUUUUAAAAAAUCACCUCUAGAAGAUGUGGUAGUUGUUAAGAAUAACGUUUACGAUAAAGGCUUCUUCCACAAUAUUCAGGAGGUUAUUUCCCCUUUCUCUGCAAGGUGGUCCUUUACACAAAACAAAUUGAAGUCCAGAUGAGUAUGAUUAUAACUGACGUGUCUUUGAAGAGCUUUGUGGGCUAGUUGCACAUAUAUUGAGUGGAUAGUAUGUCCAUUUAUUUAGAUUACCCAAUAAAUAUUUUGAAAACCAGAAAUGUUAUAUUAAAUGCAGUUAUCUGUUAGAGUUCUAGACUAGGUGUAGACUGAAUUGAUUGGCUGUACUUGAUAACCCUGCUGCUUUUUUGGUUGUGUUGUACUAUUUGUUUCUAGUAAAAGCAGAAAGAUAUCUGUGUACUCUCU